CCAAAAUCCGCUAAUAUGCAUAAUAAUUAGACAUAAUAGGAAUUAUGCGUAAAUACUAAAACUGUCGGUUAGUAUGCAAACUAACGGCGCGUAUCAGGAAUUAUCGAUAACUACUAAAAUCGUCAGUAAUUAUGCAAAAUAUCGCCAUAUUUUUAGUAAAUAUUGAUAAUAACUGACACAGCAAUAGGAAUUAUGCAUAAUAUCUGCUGUGUAUAUUAGUGAUUAUACAUGUAACCUCACAAAAUACGACUGGUCGUGCCUUGAAGCGUGCGUUGAAGUUUGAGGUUAUGUUUUGAUUGUUUUGUUGUUGGAGUUUCUCAUCGCAAUGACUGCACUACCUAUUGAUAACAUUAAAUUUAAAUUUGUCGAUGAAGUUAAGAAGUUGAAGGGAAGAACAAACUCACGAUUGAACAUUUUAUUCAAGGAAGAAUAUGACGUGCUUUUAUCCGAGCUAUUUCAACUUCUCUUCGAAAAGCAGCUGCAAUUGCUUCUGGUACUAAUCAAGGUUAUCAACGAUGCAAUUGCACAAAAUUCUGCCAAAACAAUACCUGCCGCUGUAAAAAUAAUUAUCGAUUAUGCAAUAGAGAGGCGUAGCUAG